AUGGCGGCGGCCGCCCGGGGGCAGGAGCGGGGCCUGCCGCGCUUCGUCUACGUGACGCGCUUCGGCUCGCACCGGUGCGGCGGCGUCGUGCGGCUGGGCGGCCGCCGGGCUCAGGGCCGCGGGAACCCCGGGCGCCGGGCCGCGUGCAGCCCCGAGGAGCCGCGGGCGGCGGCCCCGGACGGCGCGGAGCUCGCCCCCGGCCCCCGGCCCCGGGAGCCCGCCGUCUCCUCACCGGCGCGGGCGUCGAGCGCGCAGAGCGGUACCUCGUCGGCGGCGCGAGCAGGUUUAACCCAGAAGAAUUUAGCUAAAAAGUUUGAUUUCCCCAUCCCAUUGAAUGAAGCUUCCAAAAUAAUGAAGAAGAAGAAAAAGGUUUCAGUAUGGAAUAAAGUGUACAAAGUCAUUUCUAGAAUGCUUGAAGAAAAUGAAAAAUAUAGACUCAGACUGAAAUACCAACAAUUAUCUUGUGAAAACUCAAAUUACAAAAGAUGAAUCUUCUUAUCAUCUGCUGGAUUAACCUCUCUUUGGAUCUGUUUACCAAAGAAGAUUGUGAAGAGUUUAAAGGUGGAACUUUAAAUUGAAUUAUAAUUAUAUGUUAAUUUUGGUGUGUUUUGUUGGAAUUGGGACUUUCAUAGUUGAAUAGAAAAACUACCUUUAUUAUAAAUUAAUAGUAUUUCUUUGCAAGUUAAUACAGAUUUUUGUUAAAUAUUGUUAUCAUGUGCACAUGAGUGUUAUGCAAGUGUUCUUCAAGUGUGAAUUAAUAUCCCAUAUUCUUUUAAGUUCCUCUUAUUCAUAAAAUUUAAAUUGAAAUAGUAAUAUAAUUGUAGGCAUGUACAAUUGCCAUUUUUCCCUUUUAUUAAUGCAUCUGCAACCAUCACUUUAUCCUUCUUUUAGAUGUAAAUGCUUUAAAUUAAA